CUCCCUUAACCCAACAUGGCAGGUCUCUCCGAUGAUUACUAUUCCCGGAAUAGCUAUCGAGGUGGUGGUGGCGGUGGCGGCGGUGGCGGUGGCGGUGGAGGAGGAGGUGGAAACCGAUACAAUGAUGGUGGCCGGGGAUAUGGCGGUGGUCGGCCUCGCAGGCCAAUGCCAACUGAACCUCCCUACACAGCUUACGUUGGGAACCUCCCAAAUGGUGUUGUCCAAGGUGACAUCGACCAGAUCUUCAAGGACCAGAGGGUACGAACAGUGAGACUGGUGUUUGACAAUGAAAGUGGCAGAUUCAAAGGAUUCUGCUAUGUGGAAUUUGAAGAUGCCAAAAGUUUAGAAACUGCUCUUAACUUUGAUGGCGCUCUCUUUGAUAACAAGCACAUCAGAGUAGAUAUUGCAGGUCGCUUCCGAAGAGACGAUGACCGAGGAAGUAGAGGACGGGGGGGAUUCAGUGGUGGUUCUGGUUCAGCUGGUGGAAAGUAUGGCGGCUUUGAUGACCGUGGAGGAGACCGAGGAAGCUUCGGAGGACGGCCCCGCAGUGGACCUGGUGACCGAGGGGGAGCCAGACCUGAGAGUGGAGGCUACAUGAGGCGCGAUCGCAGAGACAGCGAUAGAUCCCGUAACUUUGAGGAGUUCAAGGAACCUGAUCCUGAGGAUCUGUCUCAGAGGCCCAGGCUGAAGCUGUUGCCAAGGACAAAGACGGAUCCUGUAAAUCAGCAAGCGGAGACUUCGCAGUCAUCCAGUAUAUUUGGUGGAGCUAAGCCUCGUGAGGAAAAGGGUGGUGUGCAAGAAGGACAGGCGUAAAUUUGAGAUCUUGCAUCUCUCUCCAUCUGUAACAGAUGGAGCUAAUGUCCUGCUCAGUUGGACCUGCAUAUUUUGGUUGAGGCUUUUUUUUAUUCCUGCACUACGCUGUCUGUAUGAGGACCAUAGAUUUUGGCCCCACCCUCAGCAUUGCAUCAGUAGAGUUGGGCUGAAGCUGUCCUUGUCUACUACUGAAGCUUAGUUUUUGGUAAAGCAGUAAUGAUGUGAGAUUUGUACUGACUAUAACUGCAGUGUUAAAAUAUGCUGAGGUUAUUCAACAAGAAAAUUGUACUGUGUGGGUUUGUGUAUUGUGACAUUGAGCUUGCCCAGUGAUUAGAACUUUAUGUGGAAGUGUUUACAGACUUCAAAAAUUCCUAGACCUUUCUAAUCUCUAUUGCUUUGUAUGAGAUGUGACUACUCCAUUUGGUGUUGUGACGGAAUGUGUGAAAUUAACUACAAUGUACUGACUAGUUUUCACACAGUGUAAGCAACCAAAACCUGGUAAACUGUGGGAUCCUGAAGGUGGUGAAAUACAAACCCUUGGUAGCCGCAGAGCUUGCAUAUGAAGCCCGCCAACUUCUCCUUUUUAACCCUUCUAUGUACGCAAAAAAUUCUUAUCACAUGCCACAAUGUUGUCUGGUCAAAUUGGUCGUUAGUAUAUUAUGCCUCUAGGAUUAGAUGACAGACAGCACAGUGGCGUGUUGUACAUUAAACUAAGUAUAACUAUAUUGUUAUGGAACUACACAUUCGGGCAUUCUUGGCCUUUGCCAGGGCAUUCCUUUGUUUAACAAUAUAGUUGCAGCUCCUAGUUGUUGACUUACUUAUUUUUGAUGCAGCAGCAUACCGGACGUGUCACUGGAUACGGGUCUGUUGUGGAACUUGUAGACCCUACAUGGGGUUCUUACACCCAUGCUAACUCACAUACCAGAUCCACUGUUAAUUGCACUGUGGAAUCUUUUAAUUUGUUGAAAAAAUCUGUUUCUGGUGAAGAAUUAGGUAAUAUAUAUUUUUCUUUUUUCUUUUUUUCUUCAUCCUUUUUCAUGAGUUACUGCGUGUUUCGAUUUUGUAUCCUGUAUUUUUAUCCAGUAAUUGAGAUGUAAUAUGUCUUAUGUCAUUUGAAUAAUUUUUUCUUUCUUUUUAAUAUAAACUGGAUCUUGUGUGAUUCUGUCCAGACUGUACAGAUCACAAUAAACUUAAGGAAUUUCGAAAAGGAAUUUUACUUUGUAAUCCUUAACUGUAAAUUGUCAAGAGUAAAUGGUGUUAGAUAUUAAUUGGAAUUAGAGUCUAAUGUUUUGAUUUCUCAUAGUAUGUUGUAAAGCUAGAAUUCUGCUCUGUAGUUUUGUUUCUUUUGUGAAUCAUUUACUAAAAAUAGUAAUUUGAAUGCUAAUGGAUGAUGUUAACCCCCAAUUUCAGAAAUGCAUUGUGCACAUUAAUUCAAUGAACUGCUUAUUACAAAGAUUCUUGUACAGAAUAUUUGUGACAAAAGUAUUUAUCAUUAAAAUGUAAAGAAAUAAAAGUAUAUGGUUUUCAGAUGCUUAUCCACAAAAUAUACGUGUUCUGCUAAA